AUGAGCGCUGGAAAGACCGCACAGGCAGAGGAGUUCGAUUGGGCUGUUAAGAAUGGAGACUUGGCAAAUGUCAAGGCAAGCAUUGACGCCAACCCACAGAUCGUUAAGAAGUUAGAUGGAAACCAGAGAAACCCAUGUCACUGGGCCGCUGACUUUGGCCAGACUGCAGUGUUGGAGUUGUUGAUUACAAAGAAGGCAGACUUUGAUGGUAAGGACAAGUAUGGUAUCACACCAUUGUUGGCUGCUAUCUAUGAGAACCAUGCUGGUGCUGUCGCCUUGCUCUUGAAGCAUGGCGCCAACAAGAAUGUCACUGGUCCAGAUGGAAGCACUGCUUUGGAGGCUGCCACAUCCGAGGAGGUCAAGGCUCUUUUGAAGUAA